AUGCUCCAAUAUGUUCGUGAUCUCGACAGACGUGGUUUGAUAGCUCAAUCCUACCCGAGUAACAUCUUAGAAUCAGGUAAAGUGUGUUUGUUCAACGUUGAGUUCUAAUUUUAGGUAUGCAGGAACUGUAAAUACUGUUAGAGCACUACCUUCGGCAUUAUAUGCGGGUUUCGAUGCAACUGCGGAUUCGUUACACAUUGGCAAUUUGCUCAUCUUGUCGAAUUUGGUUAGGGCUUCUUUGUUUGGAUGUAAAUCAAUCGCUUUAAUUGGCGGAUCAACAGCUUUGAUUGGUGAUCCGAGUGGGAAAAAUGAAGGUAAGGUUAUUUUUAGCUUUUCAUCUUAUUGAAUAUAAGGUAAAACACUAACUAGAAAUGGUUUUCAGUCAAAAAUAUUGUUUUUGUUAUUUAAAAAAUUUUCGAGAUUGUGAACAAUACCUAUAAAAUUACAAUUUUAGAUAGGAAAUCGUUAGCAUACGAUGCAGUGAAAGAGAAUGCGAAGAAUUUGGUCAAACAGUUAGCUGAAAUUGGUGAAAAUGCAAAGGAAAUCUAUGGAAGUUUUGCUCAACUUACCAUAGUUAAUAACAACGAAUGGUUGGACAAUGUAAGUUAUUUCAACACUAUUGUUAUGUUCUUAGGAGUUACUAUAGUUUCUUUGUAAACUAAUCAUGAAGCAUGCAGUUCCUUAUGCCAGGAAUUGGGACCAGAACGACUGUAUCAAAGGUUUAAAUGUACAUACUGUUAUAGAUGUCGGCGAUCGACUUUUUGCGAGUUGGGCGUAGCUUCAGAGUCGGGGAGAUGAUGCGGUUGGGUCAUAUAAAGAACCGCCUUGAUGGUAAUGGACUUUCUUUUACAGAAUUUUCGUACCAAAUUCUACAGAGUUACGAUUGGUUAGUGUUGUCGAGGAAAUUUGAUUGUUUGUUUCAAGUAAGUGAAAAAGUCUUUAUUUAUCAGUCGCUAAGUCUAAUUUACAAGUUGAAGAUACGUCUUAACUUUAAUUUUAAAGUAGGUGAGAUGUGCUUUCGACUUUUUUAACCGUAAACUUCAUUUUUUCAGUUAGGAGGAUCAGAUCAGUUAGGCCAUCUAGAUACAGGAGCUCAUUUCAUUAAAAAAAUAACUGGCAAAGCCGCAGCUGGUGUGUGUCUACCGUUGUUGACAGACAAGAACAACAACAAAAUAGGAAAGUCAUCGGCGGCAGCUGGAGACGCUGUGUGGUUAAACUCAACAAAAACCUCACCUUUCCACCUAUAUCAAUAUUUCUAUCAAUUGCACGAUGAUAUUGCCGAGAAAUAUUUUACCUACUUCUCGUUAAGGCCGUUUGACGAAGUUCAACAGGUUUUACAACAUCACCAGACCAGCAAAACCCAAAGAAUAUUGCAGAAGGCAUUGGCGGAAGAGGUGUUGAUGUUGGUUCAUGGGAUUGAUGAUCUACAGAGGGCUAUUCAGUGUUCUAAAGUUAUUUACGAUGGUGAGGAUUUGUCUUUAUGAUAAAGAACUGGCUAAUAAUGAAAAAAUGUUUUUUGAGAAGAGGCCGUCUUGGUCUGAGAUUAAGUAAUAUUCAAGUUAAAUCAAGGCGACGUCAUUAUAAAUCACAUAAAAACCAUUUGCAGGAUCUCUGUCCGAUUUCGAAGCCCUGGACAAUGAUACAAUUCAGAACUUGUUCGAUUCGACCAGGAAAAUCGUUUCCAAAACUGAAAUAAAAACUGUUGGAGAGCUAGCCAAUGCCACAAAAACAAGUUCUCAGUACAACAUGAAUCUCAUCAGACAGGGAGCUUUCAAACUGAACGGAGUCAAAUACAUGGACCCGGACGAGGAGGUGGAUGUUAGGAAAUUGUUACUCAAAAACCGUUAUACUCUUGUCAAUUGGGGGAAACGGAAUUAUAUGAUUGUUGAUUGGACUGAUUAG